AUGGACGUGAUGAACCGAUCGAGCGGCGGCGGGGACCCCAACGCCCUGCCCGAGGGCGUGUUGCCUACACCGGCAUGCAUGGUCUACGUGUCCGAGAAGCAUCCACGCAUCACCCUGGAGGCCAUCAGCGUGCUCCGGCGACACCGCAAGUUCUGCGAUGUCGUGCUGGUGGUGGGCAGCCGCAAGAUCUACGCGCACCGCGUGGUGCUGGCGGCGUGCUCCCCCUACUUCCACGCCAUGUUCACGGGCGAGCUGGCCGAGUCACGGCAGGAUGAGGUGUCCAUCCGUGACGUCGACGAGACGGCCAUGGAGCUGCUCGUUGACUUUGCCUACACGGCACAGAUCACGGUGGAGGAGUGCAACGUGCAGGCCCUGCUGCCGGCCGCCUGCCUGCUGCAGCUCGCCGAGAUCCAGGACACCUGCUGCGAGUUCCUGAAGCGGCAGCUCGACCCCUCCAACUGCCUGGGAAUCCGGGCCUUCGCCGAUACGCACGCGUGCCGAGACCUGCAGCGCACCGCCGUCAAGUUUACGCAGCACAACUUCCAGCAGGUAAUGGAGAGUGAAGAGUUCAUGCUGCUUCCUGCCAACCAGCUCAUCGACAUCAUAUCCACCGAUGAGCUAAACGUGCGCAGCGAGGAGCAGGUGUACAGCGCCGUCAUCGCCUGGGUCAAAUACAACAUCCAGGAGCGCCGGCCACAGCUACCCCAG